AUGGUGGCUACAGCUGGAUCUGCACUUUGUGUGUAUUUCUGGUUAAUGCGCACACUUGGGGGUGAACAGUGCAUGGGGUAUCUUUCUCGCUUACUACUAAUCCAAUUCAACCUUUCCUGGCGCCACCCACCUAGAAUAUUCGUUAAUUGGUGGUCGUGCCAUAUCUCGAGCUCUAUUGAUAUUGCCUCUUAUACACGCUUCGAACCGCAGGCUCGGUACCCGGAUCACCAUGUAAAUAGGCACAGGCCUGGUGUCUCUUUCCUUGAUACAUGCAUCAUUCUCAGCCAAAAUCUGGCAUCUCUUUCUCAGCCAAGGCCUUCUAUUCGGGUAUGGACUGGGCUUCUUAUACAUAACUGCCAUGGCAGUUCUUCCGCAGUGGUUUGGGAAGGAACGCAGCCUAGCUGUUGGUAUUGCAGCGUAAGGCGCUGGGUUAGGCCGCCUGGCUUACAAUUUGAGCGCCAGUGCUGCCAUAGAAUCCGUGGGACUAAAAUGGACGUAUCGGCUCCUGGCUUUUGCACCCUAGCGGCGAAGCUUGUUAGCUCGCUUUUACUGAUGGACCGCAAGAGUUCUGUGAGGCCUCGGGACAAGGUCUUUAACUUCCGCGAAUACAGCUAUGUCGAGGUUAUUUUGGUGAUCACCUGGGGGCUCCUGACGGAGCCAAGCUACAUUGUGCUACUAUAUCCAUUGCCGAACUACGCCAGCUCAGUUGGCCUUUCUGCUCGAGCGCUCCUAAACUUGGGCCUCGCGGUUGGAAGACUCAUUGUUGGCUUUUGCUCCGAUGCUUUUUGUCGUAUCAACGUCGCCGCUGUAAUGACGGCAGCCUGUGGAUUUCUCUGUCUAGUACUCUGGAUUCCUGCUAAAACGUAUCCUGUUCUCUUGAUUUUUGCUAUCACAAGCGGGACAGUAGCCGGGACAUUUUGGGGCUGUGUAACACCCGUUAAAACAGAAGUGAUGGGACUGCAGCGUUUACCCUCCGCAUUUAGCAUGAUAUGUCUCUUGUUAGUGCGGCCUACAACGUUUGCUGAACCUAUCGCUCUACAAAUUGCCUCACAGUCGGGGUAUCUGGCAUCACAGAUAUUUGUUAGUUGCAUGUUUUUUUGUGGUGGUGGUGCUAGUGUCUGCGCUUUGCGAUCAUGGAAGAUAUGUGAGAUCAGAAACAAAGCGCAUCGCGAGCGGCAGCACGAAUUUUCGCACGGCGCAACUGACGAACUGAAGAAAAGGUCUUAG